ACAUGAAGAAGAAAAGAUGCUUUCUAAGAAAAGAAUGCAUUGCUUCGUUCCUAAUAAUAUUAAUGAAGACAACAUUCUUCUUCCCUUGUGAGGCAUUCAACUAUGGCGAAGCCUUGUCAAAGAGCCUUCUCUACUUCGAGUCACAGCGUUCAGGUCGCUUACCUUACAACCAAAGGGUCACUUGGCGCCACCACUCUGGUCUCACCGAUGGUCUUGAACAAGGGGUGGACUUAGUUGGAGGAUACUAUGAUGCUGGGGACAAUGUUAAAUUUGGGUUACCCAUGGCUUUCACCGUCACAAUGCUCUCAUGGGGUGCCAUUGAAUACGGAGAACAGCUCGCCGGUGCCGGCGAGUAUGUUCACGCGCUUGAAGCCAUCAAGUGGGGGACUGAUUAUUUCAUCAAGGCUCAUACUCACCCAAAUGUGCUCUGGGUUGAGGUGGGUGAUGGAGACACGGAUCACUAUUGUUGGCAGCGGCCGGAGGACAUGACAACAUCUCGGCGAGCUUAUAAGGUUGAUGCAAACAACCCCGGCUCGGAUGUUGUCGGCGAAACGGCGGCGGCAUUGGCGGCGGCUUCCAUUGUGUUUAGGAGAACAAACCCACACUAUUCUCAACUACUUUUGCAUCAUGCAAAACAGUUGUUUGAGUUUGGUGAGAAGUACAAGGGGAAAUAUGAUGAGAGUGUUGGAGUGGCAAAAAGGUAUUAUGCUUCAGUUAGUGGGUACAUGGAUGAGUUACUUUGGGCAGCAAUUUGGCUAUAUAGGGCCACACAAAAGGAACAAUAUUUGAUGUAUUUCUUGGAGAAUGCCAAACACUUUGGUGGGACCACUUGGUUCAUCACUGAAUUCAGCUGGGACGUUAAGUAUGCUGCUCUUCAAGCCAUUGCUUCCAUGCUUUUAAUGGAAGAAAAGCAUAAGAAACAUGAAUUGAUACUCAAAGAGUAUCGAUCAAAGGCAGAGCACUACCUUUGUGCAUGUCUUGGCCUCAACCAAGACAACAACACUAACGUAGACCGCACCCCAGGGGGUCUACUAUACGUCCGCCAAUGGAACAACAUGCAAUACGUAUCGACGGCCACAUUUCUUCUAACGGUUUACUCUGAUCAUCUUCUAGCCGUAGAUCAAAAGCUGACGUGUCCAAAAGGAGUAGUGGGUCCCAACAAUCUCUUAACAUUUGCAAAGUCACAAGUUGAUUACAUCUUGGGUUUGAAUCCAACGGGUAUGAGCUACUUGGUAGGAUACGGUACAAGUUUUCCAAUGAGGGUGCACCAUAGGGGUGCAUCCAUUGAAUCAUAUAGAGGGAACAAGGGUUUUAUAGGGUGCACUCAAGGGUAUGAUAAUUGGUAUGGAAGGCAUGAUCCUAACCCUAACAUUCUUGUUGGGGCCCUUGUUGGGGGCCCAGAUAUCAAAGACAAUUUCAAAGAUGAGAGAUCCAAUUACAUGCAAACUGAGGCAUGUACCUAUAACACUGCACCACUAGUAGGGGUUUUUGCAAGGUUCCAUGGAUCACAAACUCAUUUUCAUCACAAUUACAAUGAUACCUUUCUGGUAGCUUCUAGUUAAAAUUAGUUAUUGUUAUACCCAUUUUAUAUCGUAUACUAGAUCAACUUAUUCUACCAAAUGAGUCUAGGUGAAAGUGUAAAUUUUUACAUUAUACUUAGUUUGGCAAUUAAAAAA